AUGGACUUUUUUAUUCUGUCGGUGGUCCUUCUGUCAUACAGCACUCAAGUUUCCGCUCUUCUAAAGCUGUCGCCCGUCAGCUUGACUGUCCUUAGCGGGGACGAGGCCCGCUUUACCUGCAGUACCGACAGUGCAGAAUGGGACGUUAUGAUGUGGGAGCUGAACAGCACGGUGGUGGUCACCAUCUCCAGAAUUCACAAUGUGCUUUCCUCCUCCUUGCCCAAUGUGACAGCAGAGAAAAGCCAGAAUGGAGAUGGUUGGGAGUUGGUUCUCAAGAGUGUGGAGAGGCUCCAUGAGGGACAAGUGAGCUGUAACCUGCAGGGCAAUGGCAAGAAAACAGCAAGGCUAUUUGUUCAAGAAAAAGGGACUGUGAACAUCUUUGGAGACAACACAAUAGCUUUAAAGGGAGAGUUGGUCUGGUUUGAGUGUGACGCCGUGGGAUGGUACCCCGAACCUUCUUUGCAAUGGGAAGUCCAUGGUAAAAAGUUGAGCCAGAGUUCAUACCACCUCAGCAGUGAACAGACGGGAAAGAGCCUCUUCACUGUGAGCAGCAACCUCAGCAUGACGGCGACACAGAGCUCACGUGUUGACUGUCUGGCCUCAGUGUCUGCCCUCUCCACGCCACUGAUGAGCAGCAUUUCUCUGACAGUGGUUGCAGAGGUGGUGGAGGAUAAAGAUGACUGCACAGUCCCGUUGGCGGUAACGUCCUCCCUCACCGCUCUUCUCCUGCUCCUGCUGCUCUGCAUCUGCACUGUCCUCUGGUACAGAGAAAGGAGACAAGCAAAGAAAAGUACACAGGAUGCAAACGGGUGUGAGGAAUCAAACAAUGGACGAAGUUUGCCUGCCGAGCCUACAGGUGGCAGGGUCAACUUUGGAUUUAUGAGUGAGGGCGCAACAGACGCAGUUUACAAAGAGAUAAUCAAGGAAAUUCAUAGCAAGAUGGAUUUUGUCAGCGUUGACAAGAUUCCUGAUGUUGUGACAUCUAGCAGCCUGUCUUUACAUCGUGAAGGUCACACCCAAGUCAACCUUUCAGAGGAGAACUCCAAAAACAUCAGGAGAGUUACGACAGUUUGAACACAUUUGAUGUGCUUUCUGAAUUUAGAUGUGAAGUAUUUUCACCAAUGUUUCCAAAUGUUUUUGUAAAGUCACUAGCUCGUUGUGAGUGUUUUUAA